AUGUUCUCUUAUAGGGAAAAUAAUGAAGUUGAAGAACAUGCAGUUGGUUCAGCUGCAAGACAGCGAAUAGAGCAAGGGGUAGGUAGAUAUUUAAAAACUCAAGAGGUGCCUGUCAUGCAGUAUCUCAUAGAAAAUAUCAAGACCUCCCAACAUUAGUACAAAAGAUAAACGAUCACUUUUUUAUUGCACUAGCACUAAAAAAUAUUUCUGCAGCUCGUGUUUCCAUAAAGUAUGUUGCCAAAAUCAAAAUCUCCUAAAUCGUAACGCAAGUUGUGACUUGAGAAAAAAGAGGGAAGUUUAAAUUUAUCUGUUUAGUACAUUUUUGGCAUCAGCACAGCUAGACUGCGAGGAACCGCUUCGGUGAUAGUUGAAGGCUGGGACUCACAUUUUUGUGACCGUUAACUGUUUCUUGACUGGCAUUCAUUAAGAGACAACUUAACAAGUAAGUGAUAAUAUCUCCUAUGCUGGUCUAAAAAUACGAAUUUCCUUUUUUUUUGCAGGCCAUCGGUGGUCAACCCAUUGAAGGUGUAUAUCAUCUCAUUCAUGCUGGAGAACAGACAGAACAUGGAUCUCAACAUCAUUCUAUUGGUCAGCCUAACGCUGCAGGUUUUCACAAUGGGCUGAUGGAUCCUCAAGGGAUCUCACCAUUGCCAGUUGUGCCACCAAGCUAUCCUCAUCUACCGAUGAGGGAGCUUAUUGUGAAGAAUUUGAAUUUCAAUCCAUUGCAGUACGCUGAGAUGGCUAGAGGAAUACAGUUCAGUGAUUGGACUGGGGCUAGACCACCAACAACUAAUAUGCACUGCAGGCGAGGACGGACUGUUGCAACUGAGUCGUACGAUGGAAUCAGGUGUUCUGAAUCUGUCGAGGAGACCAGCCAAUUUCCGGAGCAGAACCAAGGACGUGAACGCAUGCGUGCAUCCAGAUUUCUUCGACAGCAGACUUUAGACAGGUCAGUAAAUGAACACUCCGCACUAUACCCCCAAUUUCUUUAAACGAUCGAGAGCUUUCUUUCUCUGGCCACGGGUAUAUCAGUGCGUCAUGUUACUCCUGGAAAUGACUGGAAUCGCAACAUUUUAUCAGUUUACAUGACAACAUUAUGAGUUUUUUAAUGGACAGUUUAGUUUCUGAGAUCCUCUUUUGUGGCUUGCUACCUACCUCAUUUCAUCAAUACGUUUUAGUAAGGGUUUAAAGAAACCCGUGAAAUUUUAAGUAAACAUCGGAAAACAGUACAGGUCAUAACCUGUGAUCAGGCGAACCUUAUUCUCUGUUGAUAAGCACAACUCCAGUUUCAGUUAUGUUGCAGAUGGCAGUGUUGUUACUAACUCGAGGCCUAUCUUGAGUUUGGUCAGUUCUUGUCACUUGUGUCGUUUGAUCCAUCAGGGUUGUGCCCGAUCGCAGGUCAGAGGUCAUAAUCACUCCAUAAAUAUUGUAGAGGGGUCAAAGUUUACAUUUUCAGCCAGGAUAGCAUCUAACUUUAAUUUGUUAGCAGCUGUUUCCAAAUUGUUUUUUCUUUAUGCCACAACUCUUAAAACGGCUUCACAAAACCAACUCUCAACAGGUCAAGUCCAGUAGAGCCUUUUUUAACUGAGGGUCAGUUCUGUGGUGGAAAUUAUAUCUGGAAGAUUGAGCCUUUCUCUCAGCUCCUCCAGGACGCAGGCAAUGGAGAGAUAAGAUCACUUGAGAGUCCUCCGAUUUACACUAGCUUCCGGUGUGGAUACAAGUUCUUCAUGCGUAUCUUCCCAAAAGGCGUUGAUGGUGGAGAUGGAAGACACAUUGGCCUGUUUGUUGGUAUGAUGCAGGGGGAUUUGGAUAAUAGGCUCAAAUGGCCAUUCGAGGGACGAAUCUCUCUUUCCUUAUUGGAUCAAAGCAGUGAUGCUUACAGGUUCUGUAACGAUGUCAGUGGCACUUUCACGGCUAACGGAAAUCUGGGAGCUUUUCAGCAACCCACUGCUGCCGGGCGAUACACCACCCUGUAUGGCUACGAAGAGUUUGCGCCCAUCGACAUGGUCUGUACCCCACAGUACUCUAAAGAUGAUGCAGUGAUGAUCAAGAUUGAGAUCAAUAAAAACAUCUAA